AUGGUCAAGGACACAGCAUACUAUGACGCGCUAGAGGUGCCNCCCACUGCCACUGAAGUCGAGAUCAAGAAAGCAUACCGCAAACUCGCCAUCCGCCUGCAUCCCGACAAGAACCCCGGCGACGAGACGGCCAGUGCCAAGUUCCAGGAAAUCGGCGAGGCUUAUCAAGUGCUCAGCGACGAGAAACUGCGCAAGCAAUAUGACGACUACGGCAAAGAGGGCGCAAUGCCCAACACAGGCUUUGGUAUGAGACCCGACACAGACCAUGAGCUACGACAAGAGUUGACGCCCAUACANGAGGACCCUUCCGAGAUGUUCAACGAGAUCUUUGGUGGCCACGCCUUUGCAGACUGGAUCGGCGAGAUCUCCAUGGUACGCGACAUGGAAAAGUCUAUGGAAAUCACCAUGCGUCACGAGGAAGAAAACGCUGCCGCCGAAGCAGAGGCCGAGGCUGCAGCCGCUACUGUCGACGAGAAGAAAGCAAGCAUGGACAAAACCAUCCACGAAUCCACCGCUCAGUCCCACGCCGGUGCUGCCGCCGAUCUGAAAGAUGGCAUGGAGAAGAUGAAGCUCGCCGAAGAGGAGCCCGCACCGCCCGCCUAUUCUCAGGACAGACCGAAGGGAGUACCCACACGUCUUGCCCUGACCGAUCGUGCCGAAGAAGAAGCUCGUAUGGAAGCCGCUGGCGUCACCGAAGCAGAGAAGAGCCUGCGUGCAAAGGAGAAGAAGAAGGGCGGUUUGACCAAGGAGCAAAAAGAGGAACUGGCUGCGUUCGAGGCCGAGCGGGAGCGUGCUCGUGGGGAGCGCAUCGAGGAUUUGUCCAAGAAGCUCAUCAACCGCGUCAGUGUAUGGACCGAGACCGACAAGGGCAAGGACGUUACCACCUCGUUCCGCAAGAAGAUGGAGCAAGAAGUCGAGAACCUCAAGAUGGAGUCAUUCGGUCUGGAGAUCCUACACGCCAUUGGUCAGACCUACACACANAAAGCCGCCACUUUCAUUAAGAGUCAAAAACCCAUUAUUGGUGGUGUGACCGGCUUCUUCUCGCGUCUAAAGGACAAGGGCACGCUCGUCAAGGAGACCUGGGGCACCGUCAGCACCGCUAUCAGCGCGCAGAUGGAGAUAGAAGAGAUGGCUCGCGCAGAGGAACGUGGAGGUGACGACUGGACCGACGAGAAGAAGGCCGACUUUGAGCGCCGCGUGACGGGCAAGAUUCUAGCUGCCGCAUGGCGAGGCUCUAAGUUUGAGAUUCAGAGCGUGCUCCGUGACGUCUGCGACAAGGUGCUUUACGACAAAACUGUCAAGGUCGACAAGCGGGUCGAGCGUGCCCAUGCUUUGCUCGUCAUCGGAGAUGUCUUUGCCAAAGCUGCACGCAGCGCCGACGAAGAGGGCGACCAUCUCGCCUUCGAGCAGCUUAUGGCUGAGGCUGCUCAGAAGAAGGACAAAAGAAGAAGGACAAGGAGCCCAAGGAACCUAAGGAAGCAAAGGAGCCCAAGGCGUAGGAAACCCCUUGAUCUGCCACGGCAUUCAUAA